AUGAAGAUCUCCACGCUGUGUGUGGCCGCUCUGUCGACCGCCCCCAUGGCAAGCGCGUUGGUGCUCAAUCGCCACGCGCCUGGCUCGUACAGUAUUAUGAACGAGCCAGACAAGCGCGAACUUCUCCAAGAUAUUGUUACUUGGGAUGAGCACUCUAUGUUCAUCCGCGGUGAGCGCGCCAUGCUCUUCUCGGGCGAAUUGCACCCAUUCCGCAUGCCGGUACCGGGCCACUACAUUGACAUUUUCCAAAAGAUCAAGGCCCUCGGCUUCAACAUGGUUUCGUUUUACGUCGAUUGGGCCAUUCUCGAGGGCAAGGCGGGCGACUUUCGCGACGACGGCAUCUUUUCCCUUGAACCCUUCUUCAAGGCAGCCAAGGAUGCCGGUAUCUACCUGUUGGCUCGCCCCGGGCCCUACAUCAAUGCCGAAGCGUCUGGCGGUGGCUACCCAGGCUGGUUGCAACGCGUAAAGGGCCAACUGCGAACCGAUGCCCCCGAUUACCUGGCUGCCACUGACAACUACAUGGCCAAGAUGGGCGCCAUCAUUGCCAAGGCGCAAAUCACAAACGGCGGCCCCGUCAUCCUCUUCCAGCCCGAGAACGAGUACAGCUCGGGCUUCAAUACCCAAUUCCCCAACAAAAAGUACAUGCAGUACGUGAUUGACCAGGCCCGCAAGGCUGGCAUUCUUGUACCCCUCAUUAACAACGACUCGUUCCCCGGCGGUACUGGCGCUCCCGGCACGGGCGAGGGCGAGUCCGACAUCUACGGCUUCGACUCGUACCCGCUAGGCUUUGACUGCGCCAACCCGUCUGUCUGGCCAGCCAACCACUUGCCCACGACUCUGGCAGCCACGCACGAAAGGCUGUCACCCGGAGGACCGUUUUCCAUUGUUGAGUUCCAGGGCGGUUCGUACGAUACGUACGGCGGCAAGGGCUUUGAUGCCUGCUCGGCGCUCGUCAACCACGAGUUUGCGCGUGUCUUUGACAAGAACAACCUUGCAUCCGGCGUGCACACCCUCAAUCUGUACAUGAUUUACGGCGGCACCAACUGGGGCAACUUGGGCCACAACAAUGGCUACACGUCGUACGACUACGGUGCCAGCAUCCGCGAGGACCGCCGCAUCGACCGCGAAAAGUACUCGGAGGUGAAGCUCGAGGGCCAGUUUAUGCGCGUGACGCCCAGCUACCUACUCACGAAGCCUGGCGCGCUCAGCACGACCGAAUACUCCGACAACCCAAGCAUUGCCGUGACUCCUCUCCAGUCCAGCCAGACGGGCAGCUUCUUUGUUGUGCGCCAUGCCGACUACCAGACACGGGACUCGGCCACUUACACGCUCAAGGUGCCCACGUCCAACGGCACCAUGACGAUUCCUCGUUCGGGCAAGCUGACGCUGUCGGGUCGCGACUCCAAGAUCCACGUUGUGGAUUAUCCGGUGGGCGACCACCAUCUGCUGUACAGCACGGCCGAGAUCUUUACAUGGCAAAAACUUGAUGACAGGACGGUCCUGAUUGUCUAUGGUGGCCCUGGCGAGUACCACGAGCUGGCGUUUUACGAAAAGUACGGCAAGAUGAACGCGACCAAUGUUGAAGGAGACCGUGCCAAGUUCCAGUCGACCGGUGAGUUUACCGGUAUGGUAUCGUGGAACGUGUCGCCGGAGCGCCAAAUCAUCCAGAUCAACGAUAUUGUCAUUUACCUGCUGGACCGCAACUCGGCGUACAACUACUGGGUGCCCGUGCUGCCCGGUGGCAAGGACGGCUCCGCGUACGGCUCGUCGAUUAUGAACCCCAAGACGGUGAUUGUCAACGGUCCGUACCUCGUGCGCUCCGUGGACGUCCGCGGCUCGACCCUGUCCAUCAACGCCGACUUUAACAAGACUGCUACCGUGGAAGUGAUUGGCGCACCAAAGGGCACCACCAAGCUAUCCAUCAACGGCAAGCAGGUCCCAUACACUACCAACCUCUUUGGCAACUGGGAGGCCAAGCCAGACAUUAGCUUCCCCAAGCUCUCGCUGCCUAGUCUGUCCUCGCUGUCCUGGAAGGGCAUCGACUCGCUUCCGGAGCUCAAGUCGACCUAUGAUGACUCCAAGUGGACAAGCGCGCAAAACUACACGGCCAACUCGUUUGCUCCGCUUGAAAACAAUACCCCCGUCUCGCUCUACGGCUCCGACUACGGCUACAACACGGGCACACUGCUCUUCCGUGGCCGCUUCACGUCUACCGGCAAAGAAUCGUCUCUGUUCCUGCACACCGUCGGCGGCCUUGCGUAUGGCAGCAGCGUCUGGCUAGACGACAAGUUUUUGGGCUCUAAGCUAGGCGACCCCAACAACUCGGAUGCCAACACCACGCUCGCCAUCCCGAAACUUGAAGCCGGCUCCAAGCAUAUUCUUACCGUCGUCGUCGACAACAUGGGUCUCAACGAGAAUCUUGUUCCUGGCUACGACUCGAUGAAGGAGCCCCGCGGCAUCUACUCAUGGCGCCUCACUUCUGCCGACGGCACCGAGACCAAGGUCGACGGAUGGAAAAUCACCGGUAACCUCGGCGGCGAAAACUACAAGGACCGCGCGCGCGGCCCGCUCAACGAGGGAGGCAUCUUUUACGAACGCCAGGGAUAUCAUCUGCCCUCGCCGCCUCUUGACAAGUUGUCGUCCAUGAGCCCGUUUACGGCGUCCAAGAAGGCCGGUAUCUCAUACUACACUGCCAAGUUCCAUCUUGACCUUCCGCGCGACAAGUAUGACAUUCCGCUCUCGUUCAACUUUGGCACCGACCAGGCUAGUGGGCGCUACCAUGCGUUCCUGUAUGUCAAUGGGUUCCAGUUUGGCAAGUACAUUAGCUAUCUGGGCCCGCAGACCGAGUUCCCUGUUCCCGAGGGUAUUCUCAACUAUGACGGCGACAAUUGGAUUGGCCUGGGUGUCUGGGCGGUGGAUGAGGGCGGCGCCAAGGUUCCGUCGCUGGAGUUGGUGGCGAAGCAGCCGGUGCUGUCGAGCAGGAGUGUGGUCAAGCUGGUGAGCAUGCCGUCGUACAGCCGACGCAGCGAUGCCUAUUAGUUUCCUACUGGGGGUUAUUGUUUCUGCGGCUGCCUGUCGAUGUUUGUUUUGUAUAUGUUGUUUAAUCUGUGGUCUGCGGACCGUACAUGCUGUCUAUACGUCUUGCUACAGUCCUAUCUAUAUGAUUUGUUAUUGUUACGUUUGUUCUGCUGCUACCGCGUGCGUGUGUAUGUAUGUUUCUGUGUGUAGCGUGUCUAUCUGUCUGUUCAAUCUGCUUCAUUUGUCUGUUUGUUUGCAUCGCCACAGCCUUCUUCUCAUCCACCACGUUUUAUUCCCCCCUGCAUCGAUUUAUCUAUUUCCAUCGUUCCCCCCUGCAGCCAGCUGACUUCAUCUAUUUCUAGCUCAGAGAAAUCACAGGGCACAGCACAGCCAGCAGUCAGCUUCAAUUUCCGCCCACACACAAACUCAGCCUCACUCUUCCAGGGCCACCGACCAAUCUCGUCGCGCCAAAAGUAUCCGAGCCAGCUAAACCAGCC